AUGUCAACGAGAUCGGAAAGAGCAUGCAUGUUAUGUGGGAUCAUACAACCAAUGAAAAGAUUUCAGGUAGAUGGCUGUCCAAAUUGUGAAUCAUUAUUACAUUAUACGGAAUCAGGAAAUGUAACACAAUGUACAUCACCAUCUUUUGAAGGUUUAGUUGCAUUAGGAGAAGCUAAUAAAGGUUCAUGGGUAGCGAAGUGGCUAAGAAUUGAUAGUUUUGCUCCUGGAUUAUAUGCUGUAAAAGUUAAUGGUAAACUACCUCCAAUGAUUGUUGAAGAGUUGGAAGAACAAAGUAUUAUUUAUAGACCAAGAGAUGGAAGUGCAGAAGAUUAA